AUGAGCAAGCGUUCUGCGAGCCCUAGUCUGACGCCAACGAAAAGGACCAAGAAACAUUUAGUGUCCACUAUUCACAAACACUAUGCUGCGAUCAACAACCAAGAUGAUUUCAAGUCCAUGUACUUAGCUGUUCAGCCCAUCAACAUUUUUUGCUGGGGCACCGGCUCCAUGUGCGAACUGGGACUAGGUCCGCGUGCCAAAAAUAAGGAGGUCAAAAGACCACGUUUGAAUCCGUUUUUGCCAAAAGAUCAAGCCAAAAUCGUCUCGUUUGCGGUGGGAGGUAUGCACGUACUAGCGCUCGGCCAGGAUAACAGCGUGUGGUCAUGGGGAACAAAUGAUUCCGGAGCCUUGGGACGUGACACGUCGGGUGCCAAUGUUCAAUUGAAGGAUAUGGACGCUGAUAACAGCAGCGAUGACGAGGACGGAGACCUGAACGAUGAAGAAAGUACUCCUACCAAGCUUGGUGAGGGAUCUCUACCUUUAAAGGAACAUAAAGUCGUUCAAUUAGCUGCCACGGACAAUCUGAGUGCUGCUCUGCUUGAUAACGGGGAGGUUUACGCUUGGGGAACUUUUAGAUGCAAUGAAGGUACUCUAGGUUUCUACAAAGACACUAUAAAGCUACAAAAAACUCCAUGGAAGGUCCCGGCCUUCUCAAAUUCUAGGAUAGUACAGAUGGCCGCUGGAAAGGAUCAUAUUUUGUUCCUAGACGAAGGAGGAAUUGUGUAUGCAUGGGGUAAUGGUCAACAGUACCAGCUGGGCAGAAAAAUCAUGGAACGUUCUCGUUUGAGAACUUUAGAUCCAAGAACAUUCGGUUUGGACAAGAUUAAGUACAUCGCGUCUGGCGAAAACCACUCUUUUGCCUUAACCAAAGAUGGCAAACUUUACAGUUGGGGUCUUAACCAAUUUGGCCAAUGCGGUGUCUCUGAGGAUGUAGAGGACGGUGCUUUAGUCACUGUCCCUACUGAGGUUUUGUUACCUGAGGGAACAAAUGUGAAGAUGGUUUCCGCGGGUGAACAUCACUCAUUAGUUCUCACUGAAGAGGGGGAGCUAUUUACUUUCGGGAGAUUCGACAUGUUUGAAAUUGGUAUCGCUAAAGACAAACUACCGGAACAAACUUACAUAGAUGCUCAUGGCAAACCUCGUGCCGUGCCAAUUCCCACAAAACUUACAGACGUUCCUCGCUUCAAGAACAUCGCUACCGGAUCUCAUCACUCAUUAGCGAUCUCUGAGGAUGGUAUCGUUUAUUCUUGGGGAUUUGGUGAAACAUAUGCAGUAGGCCUAGGUCCAUCUGGAGAUGACAUUGAGGUUCCAACUCGAAUUAAGAACACAGCUACUCAGGAUCAGAACAUUUUGUUUGUCGGGGGAGGUGGACAAUUCUCAGUCUCCGGCGGUGUCAAGUUAAGCGACGACGACGCUGAAAAGAGGGCCGAUAAAUAUGACGAUUGA